CUCUACAAGUCCAGGGAUAUCUGUCGACUCUUGUAGGUUCAAUUUGCUAAAAUUCCUGGAAGUUGAAUAGUGAUGCUCGUGCCGGAGGAGUCGCCAUAGCACCAGUUCUCCUGAUUUUUCGUCCAGAAUUACAAUAAUUCAGCCGUCAAGACGAUGUUUAGAUCACUGAAGUAGAAUAUAUCUCUGAAUUCUCAUUGUUUCAUUGUCCAACAUCAAUCGAUCGUAGUUCUUUGGCUAGAGUUUGUGGUGCAAUUAGUUUUCGGGAUGAGUGGAACAAUAAUUGAAAAUCUGAGUGGGAAGAAACUCUCGGUCCUGGUGUUUUUUCUAAUUAUUGCACAGAUAACGUGCUUUCUGAUUGGAGGCCUCGUGGCACCGAAACCUGCGACCAACCAGAAUAUUCUCGGUACAGCGUGUAACGAUGAUAGAGUCAAUAGAUCAGGCCACGAGCCAUCAAAAUGGUACUACUCGCGGGGAGUCGGAGCCUGCAAGCCUGAGGACAUGCAUCGAUUUGAUGUUGAUAGUCAGUUCAAAGCUUUUCAGGUCGUCUAUUCAUUUCAGAUGCCCUUGCCGAGGAAUAACAUCAUCUUGGACUACUCCAGAUGGCAGCAGAAUCUCAUUGGAGUAUUGCAGGUAGAGAGUGUCUAUCACGAUCAAGUUCAACUGGCCCCCAAGAUUCCAAUGGUCCUCGAUGCUCGACUGGCGUACAAAAACAAGGGUGAUCCCGACGAUGCCUGGAAGCCAUAUGCCUCUUCCAGGAUCGAGAGAUACCUGGAGUGCUCUGUCGCCGACGAAAUCGAGCAUUACAACUACAAUUGUGCAAUGAUUCCCCUCUUCGAGCUGGGCUCGCUGUACCACGACUACUAUCUCCUUAAUCUUCGUCUACCCAUCGAGAAGAAUGUCAACCAGGGCCUGGGACACAUCAGUGACCUGUAUCUGACAGUUAUUAACCAGAAUGGCGGCUUCACCAAGGUCUGGGUCAGCCUCAAGACCAUCUUCUUCCCCAUUGUCAUAUGCUUCAUCGCCUGGUACUGGCAAAGAAUCAAUUCCAUGUCACGACCACCUGCACUACUUGAGUACAUGCUUCUCGCUCUGGGCUGUGCUCUGACUUUCCUCAAUCUACCUGUGGAAUACUUGACACUGUCCUAUGACAUGCCAUUCAUGCUGCUGCUGAGUGACAUUAGGCAGGGGGUUUUCUAUGCUGUUUUGCUGUCGUUCUGGCUUGUCUUCGCUGGAGAACAUUUGAUGAUCCAAGAUGGUGACCAGAAGAACGGUUUAAAAUGUUACUGGCGUCACCUGAGUGCAGUAGUGGUAGGUUGUCUCUCCCUUUUCGUAUUCGACAUGUGUGAGCGUGGAGUUCAGUUGAGGAAUCCAUUCUUCUCGAUCUGGGUGACAAACAUUGGUGCCAAACUCGCCCUAUCAUUCAUUAUCCUAGCGGGUUUAUCAGCAGGCCUGUACCUACUCUUCCUCACCUACAUGAUAUGGAAAGUCUUCAUGAACAUCAAUGUCAAACGAUGCGCCCUCCCCAGCAUGAGCUCUGCUCGACGUCUGCACUACGAGGGAGUGAUCUAUCGUUUCAAGUUUCUCAUGAUAGCCACCCUCCUGUGUGCGUCCCUCACUGUCAUUGGGUUCAUCCUGGGACAGGUGGCAGAGGGACAGUGGAAGUGGGACGAGGAGCUGGCGAUCGAGACAACGUCUGCUUUUUUCACUGGGGUUUAUGGCAUGUGGAAUAUUUAUAUUCUUGCUCUGCUCUGCCUUUAUGCACCUUCCCACAAAAAGUGGCCCGCUGAACCCACUGAUCAGAGUCUUGGCGAGGAGAUCGAAUUUGCUAGACUGUCAACUGAACCUAAUGAGAUGCUGUCUCUCACGGCUUUCGCCAGGAAGACUGCCACGGAAUAGAUUUUAAUCACGGGUUUUAUUUAUUUUUUUAUAUAAGUUCCACUGAAGUUCGUUGACGAAAUCUCUAGGUUUUUCUGUGAAAUUUCUUCACAGGUGAAGAUGACCAGUUGUGACGCACAACUUCGCAAGAUCUUAAGUAGGGAAUUCUCCGUGUAUUAGGAAGAUUUUUAGCGAUAAGGUAUGAUUUAACGAAGCCAUUGAACUUCCAAACUUCUUCGAUGUGUGUAAAAAUGUUUAGACUCAUGUAUUCAUUAAAACAUUGAAUUCAUAUUCUUCCACGUAACAUUUACCACUACUCUAGAUUAAUUUCUUAUUGAAAUAGGAAAUUUACUCGGAUAAUUGUUAGUGAUGAGUAUUGCCAUUCUAUCGAUUAUAAAUAUCAUUGUAGGUGAACUGUUUUACAAUAUUUCGCAUUAGUGAUCAUGUUUGUAAGGAAGUACUUAUAAUAAGUAUAGAAUAGUGCAAUUAUAUUAGGUUAUUUUUCACUCCAAACGCUCGUUUGAGAGCCAUAUUAAUUUUUAUAUUGGGUUAAGAUGCAAGUAUUUAUGCAGAAACUGACUUGUAUUAUUUUUUUAUAAAUUUUUGUAAUAGUUCUUGUCGGAAGGUGCGUGAGAAAAUAAACGACUGAUUUUUUCACUUUUAAAAA